AUGAUCGAAGCGCUCAACUACGAGGACCAGACGCCCAUCGUGCAGAUGGAUGUGAUGUCGCUUCGCGGGCGCAAUGGCGGCCCUCCUGCCCUCUUCGGCACUUUCAACAUCACCGAGGACUUCUACGCCGACGAAACCGAGGGGGAAGGCUGGACAAAACAGUUUAACAAAGGCUGGAAGGAGAACUACGAAAAGCAUCCGAUUCCUAAAUGGUGCCCGAGUAAAUACAGCAAAGCCUUGCAGGAGGCCUCGAACCUCACGAUUGGAGACAACUGUCAUUAUAGCAAGGGCCAUUAUUCUUUGGAUGGCUUCGGCGUGGAUGGCUUGGCCCAUUUCACAGUGGGCCCAUUUCUGGAAUAUGGAACAUUUCAGAGCUACGCGAGGAGCUUCAAGAAAGGGAACCCCAAGAGACUACUCUUCUAUUACAGGAUAGACGUCACCAUCAAACCCAAAUGAGGACGGUUGCAAUGAACCAUUGUAAAACACAAG